GAACAUAAAACCGGAAGCGUCGAAAACAAAGGUAGAAACGAACGUGACGAAAUUAUUUUUUUUGAUCUCAUAGACAGUUACAAUUUAUGCUACAAUUUAGAAACAUGAUACAGAAGAUGACAGUAGUUUUAAUUUUGUUUUCGAAAUAAUUCCGAUUUUAAAUCGUUUCCUUGGUCACGUGACAAGUGUUCAAAGAUGCAAGAUGGCAACGUCUGCCACGUCGGUGCAGUGCCCUGUUUGUUUGAAAGACUUCACCGCCGACGCUAUUAAUGGUCAUCUCGAUGUUUGUCUACUAGAGAGUAAUGUCGAAGAUGGACCACCGAUGAAAAAGUUUCGUCCCGAAGCUGCGCCAAAGCUUGCGGGUGCAGACCACACGGCGCUUUCCCCUGCUUCCUCUGGAGUAUUCUCCAUGUUCCACGGCAACAAGUCGAAAAGCUCACAUCAAAAUGACACGGACGCGUCAUUACCCAACAAAGAAGCUAGUGGCGGUGGCGCGAUCAACAAGGCAGCCAAGCGUAGCUUUCCGCCCGAGCUCCAAGCCGAACCCAAACAUUCUGGGACGCAAAGUAAGAGCGACGGACGAACCUUGAACGCAACACCUAAUUUGGAUCUACGGACACUAUUAGCCUCAAAUAAACCACUGGCAGAGAUUUUGAGGCCGAACUCGAUGGAGGAGUACUUUGGUCAGAGCAAAGUUGUCGGGGAACAAACCCUCCUGCGGUCCCUGUUGGACUGCCAGGAAAUACCCUCUCUCAUCCUCUGGGGACCACCAGGAUGUGGCAAGACCACUCUGGCUCACAUCAUUGCCAGCAACAGCAAAAAGAAGGGCACGGCUCGUUUCGUGCCACUCUCCGCCACCAGCGCGUCCACCGCCGACGUGCGAGAAGUCAUCAAGCGAGCGCAGAAUGAGCUGCGGCUGUUCAAACGCAAGACCAUCCUGUUUAUUGACGAAAUCCACCGCUUCAAUAAAUCGCAACAGGACACGUUCCUCCCUCACGUCGAGUGCGGAACAGUCACUCUGAUUGGGGCCACCACCGAGAAUCCGUCCUUCCAGGUGAACGCCGCUCUGCUGAGCCGCUGCAGAGUACUCGUCCUCGAGAAGCUCUCGGUAGAGGCGAUGGGCUCGAUCCUGGACCGGGCGGUGACGGCGCUCGGGAUCACCGUGCUGGAACGGGAUCAAGCCAAUCCCCCAUGGCCGGACCACGAAGCGAACCCAAACGAGCCAAAAAUUUACAUUGAGCAAAAGGCCCUGGACACAAUCACCUACCUGUGUGACGGCGACGCUCGGACAGGGCUGAACAGUCUGCAGCUGGCCGUUCAGGCUCAGGUCAGCCUGACCCAGCCUGGACUGACAGGACCAGAUGGUUCCGCCCAGGAAAUCCUUGUGAAGGAAGAACACAUUAAGGAAGGUCUCCAGAGGUCUCAUAUUCUCUACGACAAAGCUGGCGAAGAGCAUUUCAACAGCAUCUCGGCAUUGCACAAGUCCAUGAGAGGCUCCCACGAGAACGCCGCCCUCUACUGGCUGGGCCGCAUGCUGGAAGGAGGGGAGGAUCCGCUCUACGUGGCUCGCAGGCUGGUCCGCUUUGCCAGUGAGGACGUAGGUCUCGCCGAUCCCUUGGCUCUGCCUCAGGCCGUGUCCACUUACCAGGCCUGUCACUUCAUCGGGAUGCCCGAAUGUGAGGUGAUCCUGGCUCAGUGCGUGGUCUACCUCUCCCGGGCGGCCAAAUCGGUGGACGUGUACAAGGCCUACAACAACGUGAAGGCCUGUUUGCGGAACCACAAAGGGCCCCUGCCUCCCGUUCCGCUGCACUUGCGCAACGCACCCACCCGUCUCAUGAAGCAGUUGGGCUACGCCAAGGGCUACAAAUACAAUCCGGCCUUCAGCACUCCGGUGGAGCAGCACUACCUGCCCGAGGAGUUGCGCGACAUUGACUUCUUUACUUGGACGCCAUUGCAAGGAUGAUAAGCAAAGUCACUUGUCCACUCUUCAGCUUAUGUUUGCACUCCUGAAAGUAAAAUAAGACUGAGCAUUGCGUCCUUGAACUUUUUGAAACUUUCCAUGUUCUAUGUUUCCAUAUCAUGGUCAAAGGUCACAGGUGUCGAGUUCUAGUCCUCAGUGCCGCGUUCCAAUAUGUUUUUCAAGCUACCCUCGUUAAGUGCACCUGCGUGAAAGGUUUCUACAUUUGUCUUACGUAUAUGCUAAUCUAAACUCAUGCAAAACAUUUUGCAUUGAACACAAAUUGAGGUAGCAGGCGGGCAAAGUGGCACUUAGGUUUUACUAUUUGAGAAGCACUGGCCUAGGUGACUGAUUCACAAUUUGGUUUUGUCUGAUAUCAGAUAUUAAAUAUAGAAAACCAA